AUGAACAUUAGUCAAAUAUUUAUUAAGAUUAUUUUUUAUUUAAGAUUUUUCGAUGAUCAACAAUGGCUUCAGAUAGAUUUACUUAAUGUGAUGCACAUAACAGGUGUCAUAACUCAAGGUAGACCAGAUCAUCCUGCCUGGGUGAAAUCAUACAUUGUCCAAACCAGUAUUGAUGGUGUGAACUUUAACCCUUAUUCCGACAAAGGCAAUCUGUCACCGACAAUAUUACAUGGCAACACAGACAGCAACACGAAAGUGAAACAGACAUUUGAUCACCGAGUUCCAGCCCGUUAUGUAAGAAUUUAUCCUGUGACCUAUCAAGGUCAGAUAGCGAUGAGAUUUGAAUUGUUGGGAUGUUUCCUGCAUGCUCAAGUCCACAUGGAUAAUAUCAUGUCACUGUUUUUUUCAGAGGGAAUAUGUAACACAUCAAUGGGUGUUGAAAACUACAGAAUCGUCACCGAAAGCCAACUCACUGCUUCCUCUAAUAAAAAUAUUUACUAUUUGCCAAGUUCAGCACUGAAUAAUCCUGGUAUCGUAGGUGACUACACUGGUGUAUGGAUAGCAAAGAAGAAUGAUGUUGGACAAUGGAUUGAAGUGAAAUUUGAUGUACCCCAUGUUAUUACCGAUAUCAGAACAGCUGGUCGUCAUGGUUUUGACCAAUGGGUGAAGUCAUACAAAGUUCAAUAUUCUACUGACGGAAUUAAAUAUAAAUAUUAUGAAGAGGUUUCUGGAACGGUUAAGAUAUUUAGUGGUAAUUAUGACAGUGAAACACCAGUAACCAACAUAUUCCAAACACCAAUACGAACUCGAUAUCUUCGUAUCUUACCACAAACAUGGUACAAUAAAAUAGCUUUACGAAUGGAGAUACAUGGUUGUUAUCAGUCAUACUCCAGUAAGUUUCAUUUCAUUAUAGGAAUGUAUUGUUCUUGUAUGUCAAGCUGUUAUUUGUUUGCAUUCAUUUAUAAAUACUUAAGACAACACAGUUCUUAA